AUGUCUCAUUCAAAUUUCGUGCGAACCUGUAGGUUCUGCAAUGAGGAACGCCAUUGGGAAGAUUUCCUACGUCGGUAUGUAAAGAUCGACGGGCGUACGUCUGACGGCAGAAUCCGAGCCUCCUGGACGGGGGACAAUGAUGAACACCCCCGAUGCAACAUCUGUUGGAACCAGAAAAACUCGCAUCGCUAUGGACUCGUAGCGAGUAGGUCGGGCGGGAUCGUGCAAUGGGAAUAUACUGGUCUGCGAGCUCCUUCUCCAUCUCAACCUCAAGUUCUCCGUCCAGAGGAUAUUUCCCAACCUGCUCAGCCGAGCGGCAGUGGAGGGACUGGGGCGACUGGGCCUUCAAGCCUAGAAUCCGUCACUCCUGCAUCCACUACCGCGUUUGAUGCAGGUACUCCGGCUCUUCAUCGGCACGUUGGGGGGCUAAAGACUGGUGCUGCCGACUCAAAUACCCCAAUUAAUGCCCUAGAAACCGAGGCGGGAUACAAAGAACCACCCAUGGACCCCAAAGAAGCUCCAAAUACCGCAGAUAACCACGAAAGUCAGAAUCAGUGA